AUGGCUCCCGACAGAGCGAGCUCGGUCCCUUGCAAUCGAGAGAAAGCGGGAGUCCCGGCCUCUCGAUUCAAGGCACGCACCAGGCGUCUGUAUCCUCGCGGUCUCAUCCCGAGUCCGCCCAUCCGGGCCACUUUCGCCGAUUCCACGAGGAGAAGCUCCGCCACCACGCCGCGGGCGUGGAAAAGGGGACCACCUUGUCCCCUCGAGGUGAGCAGCCGCUCGUCACCGCGGGAAGCCCCAGCGACCGACGAGACUCCCGAGAGCCGACCUGACCCGGGAGUAGCUUUCCUCCCGGCGUCUGACGCCCAUCGACGUCACCCGGCCGGCUGCGCAGCGACCCUCGGACCCUCGACCCGGCCAGUGGUCAGCCGAGGGACACAGACCGAGGAGGUCAUCACACCGCCUAGUCCGCCGGUCAGGACGCCGACGAAGCCACUGACACCUGGGCGUUCGAAGCAACACAGUCCGACGAAGCCGCUGACACCCGGACGUCCGAAGGGUCCUUCCGUCCGGACAUUCCGCACGCCGAGCCACCAGCCAACGACACCGUCAAGGCGCUUGCGACCGUCCGGGUCCCCAGGACGGUUCGCGGACCUUCUUCGGCGGAUCGCGCAGGCGUCUCCGGACCGCACCAGAUUGAGAUCGGUGAUCUCAAUCCCGUUGAGGCCAAUCCCGCGGUUCCGGCGCAGGCCCUUCGUACAAGACCGAACGAAGGCCUUCUUUAGCGCAUUGGAAAGGGAGAAUCUUCUGCCUCACCGGCGCUAA